AUGGCGGCGGAGGAUGGUAUGGCCAGAGAGAAGACGGCGGAUACAUCGUUGUCAGCAACGGAGUCGGCGCCGAGAUCGCCGAAGAACAAGGUGAACUUCUUUUGCAGCUUCGGCGGAAAAAUCCUCCCAGGCCUGCCGACGGCAGCCUCAGGUAUGUCGGAGGCGAGACUCGCGUUGUGUCUGUUCCCCGCGACAUCAAAUUCUCCGGUACCCAUUCCCUUCUCUACCUAUGUGUAA